UGUGUUAUUCUGUGUAGCUCUGCUGAAACAUCAGUCUCUCUCAACCCAGCUGAGAGGAUCACAGUCCUGCAGGCAUUCUUUUGGACACUAAAAGUGCAGCUCUCAUUCAAAUAUCUGGAUCCCGUGCAAGCAAAUUAAUGACUUGUCAGCCCUCAUGUUUUUGCGUCCCCCUUCAGGCAGAAGCAGCUGGAAUCUUGACAGUGCUGUUAUCCAUAAAAGCUCCAGCAGCAGCAGACAAUUGCACCAACCACUGACCUCCAGGCAGGAACUCAACAGACUCGACCAGCAGUACUCGCCUUCGAACCCUCUCUCUUUCACUCACUGCAGGAUGGCAGGUCCUCUCUUGGCAGGCAGGCAUGAGACUCUCCCCGGGCCGAUGCAGGUUGCCCAACAGAGGGUCAAUGAACGAGGCCAGUGGAAGAACAAAUUUGAGUUUAUUCUAACUGUGGCUGGCGCAAUUGUUGGACUUGGAAAUAUAUGGAGAUUUCCCUAUCUUUGUUACAAGAACGGUGGGGGUGCGUUCUUCAUCCCGUACAUCCUGUACCUGGUGACCUGUGGCAUCCCUCUGUUCAUCCUGGAGACGGCUCUGGGACAGUACACCAGCCAGGGGGGCAUCACCUGCUGGAGGAAAAUCUGCCCGCUGUUUGAGGGAAUGGGCUAUGCCGCCCAGGUGAUCACUAUAUAUGGAUGUAUGACCUACAUAGUGAUUCUGGUGUGGGCUUUCCUCUACCUGUUCUCAUCCUUCACUGCUGACCUGCCAUGGGCUAACUGCAACAAUGCUUGGAACACAGAUUUUUGUGUGACAUUUGGCACCAAGAAUGCCAGCACCAAUUGGACUGUUCCACUCCUGAAUGUGUCAUCUUCCGUUGUGGAGUUUUGGCAUCGGCGAGUGCUGAGAAUGUCAGAUGGAAUUGAGUCAUUGGGAGGCAUUAGAUGGGAGCUGGCUCUGUGUCUUCUGCUGUCCUGGGCCAUCUGCUACUUCUGUAUCUGGAAAGGAGUUAGGUCUACAGGGAAGGCAGCCUACUUCACGGCCACCUUCCCCUAUGUAAUGCUAGCGGUGCUAUUUGUCCGAGGAGUGACCCUUCCAGGAGCUAAAGAUGGCAUAUUCUACUACUUGUAUCCCAAUGUUACACGCCUAGCUGAUCCACAGGUUUGGAUGGAUGCAGGAACCCAGAUAUUCUAUUCUUACGCCAUAUGCCUGGGCUACCUGACCUCUCUUGGAAGCUACAACAAAUACAACAACAACUGCUACAAAGAUUCCUUCUACCUGUGCUUGUUGAACAGUGGGACCAGCUUUGUGUCUGGUUUCGCCAUUUUCUCCAUACUGGGUUAUAUGGCUGGAGAACAGGGUGUGGACAUCUCUGUGGUUGCUGAGUCAGGUCCUGGCCUGGUCUUCAUAGUGUACCCUCAGGCAGUGUCCCUGCUCCCCUGCCCUCAGUUCUGGGCUAUCUGCUUCUUCACCAUGAUCAUCCUGUUGGGAGUUGAUAGUCAGUUUGUCGCCCUUGAGAGCCUUAUGACCUCGGUAACGGACUUCAAUCCCAACCUCAUCAGAAAGGGCUACCGGAGGGAGCUUCUGCUGCUGCUCAUCUGCUGCUGCUGCUACCUGGUCGGUCUCAUCAUGAUCACAGAGGGUGGCCUCUACAUCAUCCAGCUGUUUGAUCAUUAUGUGUGCAGUGGUGCCACUCUGCUGCUCCUCUCCAUAUGCCAGUCACUCAGUAUUGGAUGGAUAUAUGGUGCUGAACGCUUCUGUGACAACAUUGAGGAUAUGAUUGGCUACAGGCCCUCCUCCCUGCUGAAGUACUGUUGGCUCUACAUUACUCCAACUAUUGGCACCGUAACCUUUGUAUUCUCGCUGCUGAAGUACAGCCCUCUGAAGUUCAACAACACCUAUGUGUACCCGUGGUGGGCCUAUGGGCUAGGCUGGAUCCUGGCUAUGUCCUCCCUCUCUCUCAUCCCCAUCACCAUGGUCUACAAACUGUACCAGGCCAAAGGGACUUUCUGGCAGCGCCUCCAGGCAGUCUGUCGGCCAGCAGAAGACCUUCCUAUGAUGAAGAAGGAGAUGGCAGGUCUCUUUGCUCUGGACCGUGUUACUGAAGAUGAGAAGACCUACAACAAUAAUCUAUAGACUGACUGUUCUGCUAUUACUUUUCAGGCCGGUUUCCCAGACCGAGAUUAAGCCUAGUCCUGGACCAAAUAUUAUUUACCAUGCUUUUUAGUCCAGGACUAGGCUUAAUCUGUGUCUGGGAAACCGUCCCUUUUUUUCUAUUAUACUCUAUUUUUGUAACUUUUUUUAGUAAGGGUUUUGGUUUUUGUGGGUUUAAUAUAGUUAAUAUAGUUUAAUAUAAUAUAGUUGAAGCUGGUCAGAGUUGUGCUUGAGGUAUUGGUAUUGUGUUUGGAUUGCAGUAUAGUUCAUAUUUUUGUAUUUUGUAUUAACUGAACAUUUGUAGCAUAAUGUGUAAAAUCAUUGCAAAAUAUUUUUCUUAUAUGAUUCAAAUAAUUAGUUGUAGACCAUUCAUAAAUAAGAUACACCUAGAUCACCUAAACAUUUUUGAUCAGUUUCCCAGACUAAGCCUCCUCCUAUGCUAAAAAGCACUUUCAAUGGCGAAUCUUCAUUGAGCAUGCUUUUUAGUCCAAGUCUAGGCUUAAUCUGUAUGUAUACACUCUGUAUACAAUAGGUAAUCAAUCCAAGACAUUGACAUUAUUACACCCUGUACUUUACUGACUUUAUUGUCCCCAUGGGGAAAUUUUGUUGCAGUGUCAUGUACACUUUAAUGAACUCUUUGUAAUGAACUAUUCUUAUUUGAAGAACCAAAAUGACCAGCCUCAGGAUCGAAUUAUAAACAAUAGUGUAUUAAACCCCUGUGCACAAGGUCACGAAAAGAUAAUGCAUUGCAGUCUACUGGUAAACUCCAAAGCCAUUUCUGAUGUCUUUAUGGCCGUGUCUAGACUUGACAGUUCGUGCAGCUACAUACACCUACAUUUUAAUUGUCUACCGUGUCCACUGCGUGUCCAGAUUCCCUUUUCCCCCGCUAUAUUCUAAUGUCAGUAUGCAUUCUACAAAUGGUGGAAGAGGCAAAAUAUGUCAAGAACAACCACUGAUGGCAGUAGCUAACUAGCCAGCUAACCUCUGUAGCUAGCAAGCAACGCUAAAUGGAUUGAAAACUGGUUAGCAUAACACUAGCCUAUAAAAAAAAAAGUAUUUUUCUAAAUAUUAGCUAGCUGGCUAGCAUUUGAGUCCAGCAAACACGUUCCUCAUUCUAGGAAUUUAUUUCCUCCAACGUUAUAAUGAAAAGGUGCCUCUUUCCCAAAACGCAAGUUUUAUGGAGACUUGUGGGAGGAGUGCUGAUGACGUUGCCCACUGUAUGUGCUUUCGGUAGCCUUAUUGCAGAGGAGAAAUCCGCAGACAAUGCAUCCCUGACCACCUAAAGUGGUCAGACACAUCUGAACACAAUCAGACCACAAAGCGACUUUUGUGCGUCUAAACCCAUCUUUUCAAUGCUAUCUUCGUAUUCUGAUAGAAGUCAAGUGUAGACACAACCUAUCUUGGUAAACUGUUGGUCUUGCGAUAAAAUACGCUGCUGUGGAAGAUUUGUAUGUAUUUUUUUGAAAAUCAACAAGUACACCUUAGACAUUGUGUAUAUACAGUGUACAAAACAUUAGGAACACCUUCCUAAUAUUGAGUUGCACCCCUUUUGCCCUAAGAACAGGUGCAAGUUUUUGGGGCGUGGACUCUACAAGGUGUUGAAAGCGUUCCACAGGAAUGCUGGCCCAUAUUGACUCCAAAGCUUCCUACAGUUGUUAAGUUGGCUGGAUGUCCUUUGUAUGGUUGACCAUUCUUGAUACACAAGGGAAACUGUUGAGUGUGAAAAAUCCAGCAGCGUUGCAGUUCUUGACACACUCAAACCGGUGUGCCUGGCACCUACUACCAUACCCGCAAAUCUAUGUGAACUUUCCUCCACAUCUAAAUGUGAUGAGUUUGAGGCAUAUUUCAGAGAGAAAACAUUAGGCUGGGUAUCAGUCAAGCAAGACCUGAUGAGAAGUGUAUGUGCCCAGGCCUACCACACAAAGACACUACGCAUGUAUUUUCUCUGGUUGACACUGACUUGCUCAAGAAAGUGAUAUCACAAUUUAAGCCUUCUACCUGCCUUCUGAAUCCUAUCCCCACCACCUUCUUCAAAACAGUUUUUAAUUGCAUAUCUGAAGAAGUGCACGCUAUUGUUAAUCAAGUGAUUAACAUGUUCAGAGACACUUUCCCUAAUGCACUAAAAACUGUUAUGGUGAAACCCCUUCUGAAGGAAAGUAAUCUAGAAUCUUCAGCUCUUAACAAUUUUCAGCCAAUCUCCAAUCUAAAAUUAAGGAGAAAUGGGUUUUCAAACAGCUAAAUUAUUUUUUGUGAGUGCCAACUGUAUUUUUGAAAAACUCCAAUCUGGUUUUCAUGCCCAUCACAGCACAGAGACCGCCUUAGUUAAAGUGGUAAAUGAGCUUAGAGCCAACACGGAUGCCAAACAGCUCACUGUCCUUGUACUCUUGGAUUUAAGGGCUGCAUUAGACACUGUUGUCCACCCUGAUGUCCUGGACAGUCAUUCAGUUUUUAUUUUUCUUAUUUUUUUUUAUCCUCAUGUUUGUGUACUAAAUAUUUAAGUUCUUAUUUUCAUUGUUUGAAUUUUUUUCCUGUGAAUCACUUUGCAUUCCAUGUCUGAAAUGUGCUGUAUAAAUAAAUGUGAUACUUCGUACUUUGUUCAAUUCACCAUCUGAAUGGCACACCUACAAUCCAUGUCUCAAUUGUCUCAAGGCAUAAAAAUCCUUCUUUAACCUGUCUCUUCCCCUUCAUCUACACUGAUUGAAGUCAAUUUAACAUGUGACAUCACUGGCCUGGAUUCACCUGGUCAGUCUGUCAUGGAAAGAGCAGGUGUUCCUAAUGUUUUGUACACUCAGUGUAUCUACUAUCAAUGUGGAAAUGUACUAUUUUAACUAAUACUGUUUUUUAUGAUUUGUAUGAACCUUUAUGUAAUAAAACACUUUAAAACAUAA